AUGCAUCAACAGCCACCAAUGCUUUUGAUCCCGUUUGAACCUGAUUCAAUCUAUCUAUACAGCAUUGGAGAAGAUAGACUUUACAAUUACAAAGUCCAAUUUCCUCUCAAGUAUGUAACCAAUAAUACUUAUCGUGCUUUCUCUCAUGGCUGGCUUCUCAAGUAUAGAAAAAAUGUCAAGCUUGUGAACCCUUUUACCGGAAAAAUCAUCAAGAUUCACUGUUUCGGUAAAAUGCCAAGAGGGCGUUUCGGUAAGGUUAUUUUGUCUCGUAACCCUACAUUAUGCUCUGGUGAUGAUGACGGUUUUUUCUUGGGAGGGAUCUGGAACAGGCAUACGGUAUCAUUAAUAUCUCCUGAUAACAUAGUUGACGUUAUUUUUCACAAGGAGAUGUUGUAUGGCUUAGUGGAAGGGAAUCGAGUUAUUGCAGUUGACUACAAGAAGUAUUGUGGAGACUGUCACGAAGACGGCGGAAUUGCUCCAAUCAUUGAAAUUGUGCUUGCUCAUCAACUUCCUACUCGGUCACCAGGUCCUUAUUUGGUUGAGGCAUCCAAUGGAAACCUACUACUUGUUCAUCAAUUUGCGCACCAACUACAGAAAUCCCAUUUUUACAAACUGGUGGCCGAGAAGAAUACCAUAAAUGUUGAUUCCAAUGGAGAAGAAGUAUUCAGUUGGGAGGAAAUUGAGGAGUCAGAAAACCAGGAUGCCAUAUUUGUUUGUUGUAAGCGUAUAAGCAGUACUUGUGUUCCCCACUGUAGUCAGAAUUCUAGGUUUUCCAUAUAUUUCCCUGUGAAAUAUAGGGAGAAAUUCUGGGUAUGUUUCGCAAAUGGUUCGAAAAUUGACAAAGCAACCGGAGAUUUUGAAUGUGGAAGUCCGGCUCUAGAAUGGAUCAGUAACUUUAUGUUGAUUCAAGCAGGAAACAAUGAUAUGGAAUAG